GGAUGUUUGGGACAAAAUGAAAAUUACAGAUGAUUUGAAGCUCCCGCUGCUCCUGAAAUUUUCACUCUCGUUCCCGCUGCUCUCUCUCUCUCUCUGUCUCUCUCUCUGUAUGUAUAUAUAAUAUAUAUAUAUAUAUAAACAUUCAGUUUCAUUUCCUCUUGUUUCUCUCUCCUCUCUCCUCUCUCCUAGGUCUUUCUUCAAACCCUAGCUGGGCAUGUGAUUGAGUUGUUAUUUCACUGGGAGUUGCUGAAAGCAGCUUAUAUUCUGUGAAGGAGAACAACAGUGCCUGAUUAAUCUUUGGAUUUUCUCUGGCCUAUUUAGGAGAUCUCUUGACGGUACUAGAUUUUGUCUAGUUUUUAUUCUCUUCCAAGAUGAGCUCAAUGAGUGAAAAUUUGCGAUGAUUGGACUUUGGAGGGACAAGGAAAUUCAUGUACCGGUCCUUUGAUUGGGUUGUGUUAUCAAAGAGAGUAUGAAAAAGAAACCUUGCAUUUUUCUGUGAUGUACUAAAUAUGAGGAAUCUGAAUAUUUGAAAUUUAGAUAUUGUAUCACUAUUACCAAUGGAGUGCAACAAAGAAGAGGCCAUCAGGGCCAAGGAAAUUGCAGAGAAGAAGAUGCAAAAUAAUGACUUUGAUGGAGCUCGGAAAAUUGCAUUGAAGGCUCAACAACUUUUCCCUGAGCUUGAGAACAUUUCUCAGCUGCUAGCCGUCUGCAAUGUUCACUGUUCAGCUCAAAACAAAAUAAAUGGGGCUGAAAAAGACUGGUAUGGAAUCCUUCAAGUUGAAAAAAUGGCUGAUGAGGCCACAAUAAAAAAACAAUUCCGAAGAUUUGCACUUGUACUUCAUCCUGAUAAGAACCAACAUCCUGGUGCUGAAGCUGCUUUUAAGCUGAUUGGGGAGGCAUAUACGGUGCUUUCUGACAAAGGGAAGCGGUCUUUGCAUGACAGCAAAUGCAGAGUUUCUGUGAGAACUGCUGCUUCAAAGCCGCCACCUCAUCAGGCAAAUCGGAACCCUCAUGUCAGGAAACAAUAUGUAGCCCAGAAUAAUAUUUCCAGUGGUUCCAAAACUCAUUUCAAUCAUCAUCAACCAGCACAACCAGGUUUGUCCGAUGGCCGCCCUGUGUUCUGGACAAGCUGCCCUUUUUGUUAUAUAAAGUACCAGUACUACAGAGAUCUUGUGAACAGAGCAUUGCGCUGUCAAAAUUGUCUUAAACCUUUCAUUGCAUAUGAUUUGGGGGCUCAAGGUGUACCGCCGGUAUCAAACUGGGGUCAACCUGGAGUUUCCAUGCACACACCAAAUCAGGGGGCCUCAACAGUGGGUUUGCAAGGUACUGCUGGGUUCCCGCAUUCCCAUAUGGGAUCCCAGGGAAGCACUGCUGGGGUUGUUGGGGGUUUUAAAAACAAGGAGAAAGAAGAUGAGCAUGUGACUACAAAAGGUGGGAAGGAAGGGGUGCGGGCACCCAACUUUGUUGCAGCAAAAUCAAAGGAAUCCAAAACUUCGAGAAACACAAGCAGGAAGAGGAAGAUGGUUGUGGAAUCUAGUGAAAGUGGUGAUACUUCAAGUAGUGCUGACAUGGAAGAUGUGGUAAUUCAAGAAAAUGGUGGCAAUCCUGCUGGGCAUAACCCUGAACCCAAUGAUGUACGUCAGCAUAGGAGGUCUUCUCGGCAGAAGCAGAAUGUCUCUUACAAUGAAAAUGUAAGUGAUGAUGACUUUGUGAGCCCUCCAAAAAGGUCAAGGGGGAGUGGAUCAUCCCGGAACAGUGAAGAACAAAAAGAAGAAGCUUUAGACAAUGAAGCAUCUAAAACUGAAAAUUCAGCUUGUUCUGCUACUGCUUUAGGUAAAGAUAAGGAAGAGAUUAAACAAAAAGUAAGUGCUACUCCUGAGAGAAGCUUGCCAAACAGAAAUGUUGAGAUUGACAGAGAAGCAGCAUUCACUGUUGAUCCUGAUGCUAAAAAAUCUGAGAUCAUUGGUGAUUCUGAAUCAAUUUCACCUUCAACUCCAGAUCCGGAAUUCUUUGAUACUCCUGAGCCAGAAUUCAGUGAUUUUGAUGAGGCUAAGGAAGAAAGAUGUUUUGCUGUUGAUCAAAUCUGGGCUUGUUAUGAUACCGUAGACGGCAUGCCAAGAUUCUACGCCCGGGUCAGGAAAGUAUUUUCACAUGAAUUUAAGCUGAAGAUCACUUGGCUAGAGGUUUACCCAGAGGACGAACGUGAAAUUGUUUGGGUAAAUGAGGGUUUGCCUGUUGCUUGUGGCAAAUUUGUACUGGGUAACACUGAAGAUACAGCUGAUCGUCUUAUGUUCUCUCAUCAGGUUCGAUAUGAAAAAGGUAGUCGUAGAUGCUCUUAUGUGGUGCAUCCUAGAAAAGGAGAAAUUUGGGCCCUCUUCAAGGACUGGGAUAUUACGUGGAGUUCUGACGCAGAAAAUCAUAAGACGUACCACUUUGAAAUUGUGGAAGUUCUCUCUGAUUUCAAUGCUGGAGUAUCGGUUGCUUACUUGGAUAAAUUGGCAGGAUUCGUGAGUCUGUUUGAGCGAACAACCCGAAAAGGGUUUGAUUCAGUUUGGAUACCUUAUAGUGAGCUUCUUAGAUUUUCCCAUCAAAUUCCCUCGUUCAGAAUGACUGGCAUGGAAAGAGAAGGUGUCCCAGAAGGAUCUUUUGAACUUGAUCCUGCUUCCCUCCCCAGCAAUCUCUUUGAGCUUUGUCAUUCUGGCAAUGUGAAGAUGGAGACUGAAAGCAAGGAUGCCAAAGUCAGUGGUUCAUGUCCUAAAUCUCCAGAGGAAAAAGAGGAAUCCAAGAUGGGUGCCAGCAGGAUGACCACACCAAAGAAGAAUGUGGAUUUUGAAGGCAAGGGGGAUUCUGAAAGGGAGUUAUCUAGACUUCGAAGAUCCCCGAGGGAAUUGGGAAACAUUUUUAUGAAGCAUGCCAAGUGAAUGCAAGUCAAGGUGUGACUUGAGGUCAAACUGCAAAGCAUUUAGAUGGUACUAAUACAAUAGACAUGAUGGCCUUGUUCCAUUUAGAGGUGUUUUAUGUCAGGCUGAUGAGAAAUAAUUUUGCAUAUGAAGGAUGCAAGUUCCAACCGUUUUAUGAAGAGCCCUAGCAUUCCUCCAUCAUCUUCAGGUAGCAAAAUUGCAGGAGAGUUUUACAUCUUUGGUGGGGGCUAAUCUGAGGGAAGGUUUAAGCUAGGUCAGAUUUGGGCAUUGUGUAGGAUCAAUAAGGAUGAAUUAUCUAAGAGCUAUAGUCUGGUUAAUAUUCCCCUCUCAGAGUGCUCGUGACAUUGCUUGAAUUAUGUAUGCAGCCUGGUUGCUGUGGAACACUCAAACUUCAAAGUGACGAAACUGCAGUCUUAUUACCCAGUGCUGGUUUUACCUGUUUUGAUCUGAAGAAUUGCAAAUAUUACAGUUGAAAUUCUCAAAGAUAACGAGCACUGCACCUACGUUUCAUCUUUGGUAUGUAUGAAUGGUUUCAAGUCAGUUUUUAGGGCUCCGAGAAGACGGAUCAAAUGCUGGUAUUGUGGAGAUACUUUGGGUUGAGUUUUCCUGAUUGCCUCAUCAGAUACCAGUUUUUCAUCUCACGGGAGAAAGAUGACUGCCUGAGAGGCUGUUGGGAGCUUGAUCCUUCAUGAGUUCCAGGUAUUUUGUUUUGUAUAAAUUGAAGUUGCAGGAUGGUGAGAACUUAAUGCUGCAUGUUGAAUAUGGAAUGAACUAGAGUGGGCUUAAUGAAUAUGAUCCGUUUCCUAUUU